UCUGAUUAUGGGUCGUGUCUGUUUCCUUGCAUAUCUUAGAUAAGAUUCAUCGGAUUAAGUACAUUCUUUUCUAAAGGAAGAGGAGAGAACUUCUGUCGACUUUCAGUUCUUGUUUGCUAGUUAAUCCCUUUUCGCAAAAAAAAUCAAAAGAAAAAUACUCCUAAACAUUCCACUCUUUAAUUAUCAAAAACAAAAAAGCUUUUUUCACUCUUUAGUUAUCGAAGAACAAAAAAACACUUUCACUCUUCUGUUAUCACAGCGCGAGUUUCUUUUCAGAUCCUGCAUUAGAUCGUUGUUUUCUUCUUCUCCGUUUCUUCAGUUGCUUUCUUUUAAAAGGAAAAAAAAAAAAAAAACACUUUUUUACUCCUCUGUUCUCUUUUAUCACACCGACGGCGAGUGCCUUUUUAGAUUCUGCAUGAUCGUUGUUUUCUUCUCAGUUUCUUCAUUGCUUUCUUUCGAUUUUCUCUUUUCUUUUUUUCUUCAUGUCUCGCAUUUGGCAAUAUGAUGUCUUCAUUAGCUUCAGAGGGGACGAUCUCCGCCAUAACUUCCUCGCCCACUUUCGAAAGGAGCUCGAUCGUAAAUUGAUCAGAACUUUCAAUGACAUGGAGAUCGAGAAAGGUGAAUCGCUCGAUCCCGUGCUUACACAGGCCAUUAGGGGUUCGAAGAUCGCGGUGGUUUUAUUCUCUAAAAACUACGCCUCUUCUGGCUGGUGUCUAAACGAGCUGCUGGAGAUUGUGAAAUGCAAGAAAGAAAUUGGCCAACUUGUGAUUCCCAUUUUCCACGGUGUGGAUCCUUCCCAUGUGAGGCAUCAAAUCGGUGACUUUGGAAGUAUCUUUGAAAAGACUUGCAGGAGACAUUCAGAGGAAGUGAAAAAUCAGUGGAAGAAAGCGUUGACCGAAGUAGCAAAUAUGGUCGGAACACAUCUUCAAAAUUGGGAUAAUGAAGCAAAGCAGAUUGAAUAUAUCGUCAAUGAUCUUUUGGGUACAGUGAUUCUAACUCCAUCAAAGGAUUUUGAGGAUACUGUUGGGAUUGAAGAUCAUAUAGCAAAGAUAAGUUUAAUUUUGGACUUGAAAUUUGAAUCUAAGGAAGUGAGAAGGGUUGGGAUAUGGGGUCCCUCAGGAAUUGGCAAAACAACCAUUGCAAGAGCUUUAUAUAGUCAACAUUCUCAUGUUUUCGAUGUUUGUGUUUUCUUAGACAUACAUUUCGUAUCUAAGAGUACUAAAAAUUAUAGAAAAGGCAAUCCAGAUGACUAUAACAUGAAGUUGUGCUUGCAAAAAAGUUUCCUUUCUAAAAUAUUAGACCAAAAGGACAUAGAGGUAGAACAUUUAGGUGUAAUAGAAGAGAGGCUAAAGCACCAGAAAGUUCUUAUCGUUCUUGAUGAUUUGGAUGAUCAAAUGGUGUUAGAUACCUUGGUAGGUAAAGAUGAAUGGUUUGGAUGUGGGAGCAGAAUCAUUGUGAUUACAAAAGAUAAGCGUCUUCUAGAAGCCCAUGGGAUAAAUCAUAUAUAUGAGGUUGGUUUCCCAUCUGAAAAGCAAGCUCUUGAGAUGUUCUGUCACUCAGCUUUUGGGCAGAAAUCUCCGGAUGAUGGUUUUGUGGAGCUCGCUACGGAAGUUGCAGCACGUGCUGGUGGUCUUCCUUUAGGUCUUAAGAUUCUAGGUAAAGUUAUGAAAAAUCGGAAGGUAGAGGAAUGGAAGGGUGAAUUGCUGAGUCUUCAAAAAAAUCAGAAUGGGGAUAUUGGAAAAACACUUAAAGUCAGCUACGAUAAGAUAGAUAUCCAAAAACAUAGAGCGAUAUUUCGUCACAUCGCUUGUUUUUUCAAUGGGGCGGAAAUCGAUAACAUCAAAUUGAUGCUCCCAGAGUUGGAUGUUGAAACAGGUGUUAGACACCUAGUUGAGAAGUCCCUCAUAAGUAGCAAAUCAUCGUGGAACAAUACGUGUACCGUAGAUAUGCACUGUUUGGUACAAGAAAUGGGAAAGCAACUUGUCCGUGCACAGUCCGAAGAGCCUGGAGAACGAGAAUUCCUAUUUGAUUCAGAUGAUGUCUGCAAUGUACUUGGAGGUACCAAUGUAAGAUUUUGGUUUUCUCCUCCCGUAAUUUUCUGUAUAAAAUUUAAAAGGUUCUUGUUAAUAUAAUGAUUCGUAUAUUUUCAGGGUACUAAUAAAGUUAUAGGUAUAUCAUUGGAUUUAAAUGAGAUUGAUGAGUUGGAGAUACACAAGAAAGCGUUCAAAAAUAUGCACAAUCUCCGUUUUCUAAGGUUCCAUAUAAAUUCAUGGGAGCGGGAAAAGGAAGUUGAAUGGAAUUUACCC